UUGGUUUCCAGAUCAAAGUUUGCCAUCUUAUUUUUUUGAUAUAAUAUGUAUUUUGUUUUGGCCAGCAGAAGUUAGUGACCCAAUGAAGGGUCAGCUAUAAUUCUAAUACAUUAACUAUUACGCUGGCUUUUUGAAUUAUCACGCAAUGAAAACAUGGAAGUACCGCAACACCUUUAUGAUUAAUGUCGCUGCAUUAUUUAGAGUUGAUAGGGAGAUUAAUACAAACAAUAAAUCGGUGCACAUUCCAGGAGGUGAUGGUGCUGGAGACUGACAUAUUUCUGAAAUUGGAAACACUAAUAUAUAUAAAUCACUUCUUUGAGCAGCCCUUUUUUCACCCUAAAAAAUAUAGAUUGUGUGUAUUCUAAGUAUCUGAAUAUUUCCAGAGCUGGUGCUGGUCGUCUCUGAUUAGAGAUACAUCAGAAACGUGGAGUUGUUAUGUACAGAUAUCGCAUAUCCGCUGCUGAAGUGUGACGAAUAAAUAUUUCAAAUGCUUGUCCUUGUUUGCACUAAUGAUGUUAUUGUAUGAAACCAAAUAUUGUUGAUUCAUUAAAGUUUUGUGUCUGGCGGCAUCAUUCUGGACCACUGUCAUGUCUUGAGAUUGUAGAUCAUGAAGCUGAGUAUUUUUCAUUUGCCUCGCUGUUAACGUAGCGGUUUCGCAGCUUUUUUACGUCCGAAAGUCGUCGUCGUGCGCAAUAAAUCGCAAGUGAAUUUAUUGUCACUGCAUCGAGGAAAGCCGUGGAAACCAGGGCAGCCCAGACAGGAGGUAUGCAAUAACUCCUCCCCUCGCUCUGCGAUCUGUUACGUACUCCUCCCUCUCUUCGGAGCCAGCAGCGGCGCAGGAGCUGCCGUGCCUCGUCUUUCACGGAGGAGAUCCCGAAAGCCGGAGUAACAGCUAAACCCCAUACAGCCAUGGCAGAAAACGCCGGCUUAGAAAACCACCGCAUCAAGAGCUUUAAAAACAAGGGGCGUGAUGUCGAGACUAUGAGAAGACAUCGAAAUGAAGUGACAGUUGAGUUGAGAAAGAACAAACGAGACGAACAUUUACUGAAGAAGAGAAAUGUCCCGCAGGAGGAGAGUCUGGAGGACUCUGAUGUCGACUCAGACUUCAAAGGGCAAAAUGUUACGCUCGAUGCCAUUCUACAGAACGCUACCAGCGAUAAUGCGGUUGUACAGCUCAGUGCUGUACAGGCAGCCAGAAAACUGCUCUCAAGUGACAGAAAUCCUCCCAUUGAUGAUUUGAUAAAAUCUGGGAUCCUGCCUAUUUUAGUCAAAUGCCUGGAAAGGGAUGACAACCCGUCGCUUCAGUUUGAGGCAGCUUGGGCUCUGACCAACAUUGCCUCUGGGACGUCAGCACAGACCCAGGCUGUGGUUAAAUCCAAUGCAGUGCCCUUGUUCUUGCGACUGCUACACUCUCCUCAUCAGAACGUAUGUGAACAGGCUGUGUGGGCUUUAGGAAACAUUAUAGGUGAUGGGCCACAGUGCAGGGAUUAUGUCAUCUCUCUGGGUGUGGUCAAGCCCCUGCUUUCUUUCAUCAAUCCAUCAAUCCCCAUCACCUUCCUCCGUAAUGUUACCUGGGUCAUUGUUAACCUCUGCCGCAACAAGGAUCCACCACCACCCAUGGAGACUGUGCAAGAGAUAUUGCCUGCCCUCUGUGUGCUAAUAUAUCACACCGACAUAAAUAUCCUAGUAGACACAGUGUGGGCUUUGUCCUAUCUGACGGACGGAGGCAACGAGCAGAUUCAGAUGGUCAUUGAUUCUGGAGUUGUUCCAUUUCUUGUGCCUCUCCUCAGCCAUCAGGAGGUGAAAGUUCAGACGGCAGCUCUGAGGGCAGUGGGAAACAUUGUGACGGGGACAGAUGAGCAGACACAGGUGGUUCUCAACUGUGAUGUUCUGUCACACUUCCCCAACCUGCUCACACAUCCUAAAGAAAAAAUUAAUAAGGAAGCAGUCUGGUUCCUGUCCAACAUUACAGCUGGGAACCAGCAGCAAGUCCAAGCUGUGAUUGAUGCUGGUCUGAUUCCUAUGAUCAUUCACCAACUGGCUAAGGGUGAUUUUGGCACUCAGAAGGAGGCAGCAUGGGCCAUCAGCAACCUCACCAUCAGUGGGAGGAAAGACCAGGUGGAGUUCUUAGUGGAGCAGAAUGUCAUCCCUCCGUUCUGUAACCUGCUGUCCGUGAAGGACUCCCAGGUGGUGCAAGUCGUCCUGGAUGGCCUGAAAAAUAUUCUCAUCAUGGCAGGAGAUGAAGCCAGUACUAUUGCUGAGAUCAUAGAGGAGUGUGGAGGUUUGGAGAAGAUAGAAAAUUUGCAGCAGCAUGAGAAUGAGGAUAUCUACAAACUAGCCUUUGAGAUUAUUGAUCAGUACUUUUCAGGAGACGAUAUUGAUGAAGAUCCUAGCUUGAUUCCUGAAACUACUCAAGGAGGAACCUUCAAUUUUGAUCCAGCUUCCAACAUGCAAACAAAGGAGUUUAAUUUCUAAAAACCAGGAUGUUUGGUUCAACCAGUUGCACGGGUACUCUGUAAUCACCCCAGACAUUCAUCCAUCUCUCCUCCAAUCUGGCAACCUGGUACAGAAGGAUAUACUUAGCAUCACGUCAACAUGGAAACUCACCACUGAAGGGUUUACCCACCCCCAUCUCUGCACUAUGGGGUGUUUUUGAUUAUUAUUAUUUUUUUCUUCUUUUAAAUGGUCAUCGUUCACAGAACACUGCAACCCUUCAUAGGAGUCCUUGUUAUCCAACAGGCAUAUUCACCAUCUGGCAACCUGCAUCAGGAAGAUUGUCAGUAUUUUCUGCUAGUGCUUCUAAAAUGUCACACAGAAAGGAAACCAGAAGGAAGGAAAAGCCUUCACGGAAAGAUUCAAUUGCCAAAUGUCAAGUUCUCACAAAGACGGAAAAACAUAAGCACAUUUUCAGACACAUGAACACGCAUGCAUAUACACGCACUUUUUUUUUUUUGACACUUAGAAGAAUUUGUGUGCAUACUUCAGUUAGAAGCCAUCAUAUCACUCAUGGGGAAGAAAUACUGCUGUUUGUUUGUGCUUUAUUUUGUGCUUUCCCCUUCCCUGGAUUGUCCUCUAGUGUUACUUCACCCAUGCACACUGACAUACUACAAGUACAUACAUUAAUACAUUUCGUGACACUGAUUCCUGAUAGCCAGGGCACACCAAUAUCCUCUCUCUCGCCCAGUUUAAAGAGUUAAUCCCAGAGCUAAGCCAUGAUUAACCACGGACCCCCACUGCCCUCCCAGGAGAGUCCUUGGGCAGGUGGAGGGGCGAAAGGGCUCUAAGGCAACAAGAGGACUCCGUGGCAAACUGACUGACAGGACUUCUGACUCAAUGGCGUCACUUUUUUAAUGUGACCUCUGUUGAAUUAUCAAACUUACUGUUCGUUUUAAAAAAAAUCAAAAAUGUGAAGAAAAUGCCAUAAUUUUUUUUUUUUUUUUCCCCCAAUACAACUGUUAAGACCUGCUAAUUGCCUGCUACUGAUUAAGCAAAGCGGCAAAAUUUUUAUUUUAACGGAUGUGAAUACCUGUCACGGGAGGAAUCACCUUUGGGCGAAGGCACAGAGACUUAAGAGGAACACGUCAGCUGUAGCGUUUAUCUCCCCCCGCCACCCACAGGACAUCCUCCUUCUGAGCUCAGCCACGUCCUGGGAUUCAGUAAACUAUUUGCUCGGGAUUCCCCUGUAAUGUGAAACUCUGAAUGGAGGGAGGGGGUUUAACGAAAAGAAAGAAAACAACUUAAAGCUAAAAUCAUCCUAAUUGCAAUAUGACCUUUUUUUAAAUUUCGCUACAGACAAAUUGGUUUCAUGUUUCCGCUUCUACUGGUUGGGUCUGUGGAGCUUCCUUUGUAUUACUAUUUUAUUUUUUAGGUUUUCUUCAGUCUUAUGCACACGUCUGAGAGGCAUAACGAUGUCUGACUGCAGAAACGACAAAAAGGACCUACACUCACUGAAGACUAGACUUGUACAACGAGUGCAGGUCCUGAUCUUUACAUUACUUAACUACUUUCGAUAAAGAGGUCACAUGUCAUCACUCAAUUUGAAUAACUGUACAAAAACAUGAUGUGUAUCUCUCCUUGCCGUCUAAUGAAUAUAUAUUUACAUAAAGCCUGUACAAAGCUGCUGCAGCUGACAGUCAUUGGAUGGACGAUAACUGUCAAAGAUGGCUGGGGAGGGUCUCUAUUUUAAUUUUUUUAUUUUUUUUUCUCCUUUUUGAAGCAAUAUUUCUUUUAUUGUUUUUACUUUCGACUUGCAUAUGUAUUGUGAUGACAUGCUGAUAAAUUGGAACAGGUUGGUUUUGUUUUGUUUUUUCCUCCUCUCUCUGUAGUGGUGACGGGCUGUUUAAAAUGUACCAUCCCGUGUCCUGGUUAAUGUGCAGGCUUGGGGUAAAUGUGUCAAACUUUAAUCCCAAUCAUAGCCCUGGUCUGGAAGACUUAAUGAUCCCACCCCCCCGGUUGGCUGCUAACUACUUAGAGGGGUUCAGAGCUGGGGUUUGGGGUGGGGAUUGGGGGGGUGGGGCUGGGGGUCACACUGGGGCUUUAAAUACUGAGUGGGCUUGUUAUGAGCAGCCCAGGCUUUUUUGUUUGUUUGUUUUUGGUUUUUUUGGGACUAGCUGUUUAUUACUGAACAAAACUAUAGAGAGGGUGUACAGUCAUGAACUAGCAGACUAGACCGAGCCACUUUAAAGAUUUACAAUUUCGUUGCCUUGUAUCCGCAUUGGAUACAAGCUUAUGUUUGUUGCAAGAUUUUUACUUGCUAAUGAAAAGUUGUUUUAAAUAAAAUAAUAGGAGAAAAGCAACAGACAGCGUUUUGGCCUCUGAUUGUUUGUAUCUUUUUAUAAAUUUUAGAUUGAAUUCUUCUCUUUAAGGUGGCUCACUGAUGCUUUCAACUCUUGUGCAUAUUAAAGACGAGAAUGAGUUGAAAAUCAUUGUGCCUUUUGUUUUUCAUUUCAACUACAGCUAGGUUUUAUCGAAUAGAAACGAGACUGAGUGACUGGAGAAUCUCUAAAUAGGGGACGUGGCUUUAGUAAUGCGUAGUCUCCUUGUUGUUGGAGUUUGCCAGUAGAAAUGGUCAAUGCUGCUCUCUGCUGUUGGAGAGUAACUUGCUUCCCUUCUAAUGUCAUUCACUGAACAUUGUAUGACACCAUGCAUCCCGACCAUUCCCCCCCCCCCCCACCUUCUCUUGGAAAAACCACAAGCCAUCAUUGCCAUUUUUCAGUUGGGGGGGAUUCUGAUAUCUCCUCUUCAUCUUUGACCCUCAGGACAUGAUCUGUGUUUCUGAUCCUAACCAAAAUAAACUUGCUGUUUA